AUGUUUGGAGAGCUGGUGUGUGGCCCUCCUGGCAGCGGGAAGACGACGUACUGCGAGGGGAAACGGCAGUUUCUCAGUGUGUAUGACCCAACACGACCCGUUAUUCUGCUGAAUUUGGAUCCUGCCAACGAAGACGUGUUCCCGUACCCUUGCGAUGUUGACGUACGGGAGAUUGUCUCACAUGCGCGUGUCAUGGAGGAGGAAGGCCUGGGCCCGAAUGGCAGCUAUGUGUUUUGUGCGUCUGUGAUGGAGCGCAACAUGGAAUGGAUUACUCGCAUGAUCGAGGAGGCGGUAGAGAGGCGACUGCGAGAUGUUGUCUCAACAGCGGCGCCAAUAACGACAUCAAGUGGGUUGCUUUCGACGCGUGCCCCGUAUCUUAUUGUGGACUGCCCUGGACAGGUGGAGUUUUACUUGGGGUCGUAUUUCAUGCACGCUCUUUUUAAGGUACUGACGAAGCAGUUGUUGUGUUCCUUUUGUACGGUGCAUCUCGUUGACGCUGCCGUAUCCACGCGUGACGUGGCGACAUAUGUGUCAAGUUGUUUGCUGAGCAUCACUACGAUGAUUGAUCAUGAACUCCCGCACGUGAAUGUGAUGAGUAAGUGGGACACUCUUUCCGCUGAGGAGGCGGAAGAGGGGGAGACUUUUUUGCGUGCUUCGCAUUUCAUGGCGGAGGAUUUUGACCGCUUAUGGAAGAAACAGCUGCGAAGGCGGCGACGUGAGCACCGCCGGGCGCAGAUGUACCCUACCGGUUCGACUGACGCGUCUCGUGUUGAUUCGAAAUUGAUGGAAAAGGACGAUACGGAUGUGGAGGCCAUUGAUUUGGAGCGAGACGGUGGGCGUUUGUAUCACUACAGCAAGGCGGUGAUGGACGUGGUGGAUGGGUACGGUUUGGUGGGGUUCCAACCCCUUGACGUGCAGUCACAAGAUAUGAUGCUGCGACUCACACGACAGAUUGAUGAGGCGAUUGGUAAUUUUGUGUGA